AUGGCGCUCGAUAACUAUUUUCGCAACAAGAUAGAGAGCAUGAAGCUUGAAAUCAUCCAAGGCCAAGCUGUCUUGAGGCGGCUUGAAGCACAACGGAAUGACUACAACUCCAGAGUAAGGCUGCUACGGGAAGAGCUUGGUCUGUUACAACAACCGGGAUCUUACGUCGGCGAAGUGGUCAAGGUUAUGGGCACUAAGAAGGUGCUUGUCAAGGUACAUCCGGAAGGGAAAUACGUUGUUGAUGUCGCGGAUAAUGUCGACAUCUCCAAGCUCACAGUAGGGAAACGAGUGUCACUGCUCUCGGAUUCAUACAAGCUCGAAAAAAUGCUUCCAUCAUCAGUUGACCCGCUCGUAUCGCUGAUGAUGGUUGAGAAAGUCCCAGACAGCACAUACGACAUGAUCGGUGGCCUUGAUCAACAAAUCAAGGAAAUCAAAGAAGUCAUCGAACUCGGCCUCAAUCACCCGGAACUCUUCGAGUCGCUAGGUAUUGCACAGCCAAAGGGCGUACUCUUAUAUGGACCUCCAGGGACCGGCAAAACUCUCCUCGCACGAGCAGUGGCACAUCACGCAGAUUGCAAGUUCAUCCGGGUGAGUGGUUCGGAGCUGGUUCAGAAGUAUAUAGGUGAAGGCAGCAGGAUGGUCAGGGAGUUGUUCAUUAUGGCUCGCGAACAUGCUCCCAGCAUUAUUUUCAUGGACGAGAUUGACAGUAUCGGAUCCAGUCGUGUGGAAGGCAGUAGUGGAGGAGACUCCGAGGUCCAACGCACCAUGUUGGAACUCCUGAAUCAACUGGACGGAUUCGAACCUACGAAGAACAUUAAAAUAAUAAUGGCUACCAAUCGUCUUGAUAUCCUCGACCCUGCUCUCCUAAGACCUGGAAGAAUCGACCGAAAGAUUGAAUUUCCCCCACCCACUGUCGAAGCCCGCGCAGACAUCCUCCGCAUCCACUCCAGAUCCAUGAACCUAACCCGCGGCAUCAACCUCACUAAGAUCGCUGAGAAGAUGAAUGGCUGCUCCGGCGCAGAGCUCAAGGGCGUCUGCACAGAGGCCGGCAUGUAUGCAUUGCGCGAGCGCCGAGUACAUGUUACACAGGAGGAUUUUGACCUGGCGACUGCCAAGGUGCUUAACAAACACGACGACAAGGAAAUCAGUUUGCAGAAAUUCUUCAAAUAA